GGGCGCAGGGGGCGCUGCAGCGCCCCCCAGCGCGGCCGCCGCCGAGCAGCGCCAUGGCGGAGGGGGCGGGCGCCCAGCAGAGCUACGGCCUCCCCGCGCCGCCGCCGCAGACGGGCUGGGAGCGGCUCAGGGAGCUCUGGCGGCGGGACGAGCUGCAGCGGUACCCGGAGGAGACGGUGAACAUCCUCAAGUCGGCCCUCACGGGGGCAGUGAUCGGCUGGGCGUACGGCGGGGUGCCGGCCUUCCGCCGGGCGCGGCGGGCCUUCAUCGAGCGGAGCCACGGGGAGCUCUUCCAGAACCGCGCCGAUGCGGUGCAAUCUGCGCAUCGUGCUGGGCUCAGGGGCUUCCUCCGCUAUGGCUGGCGCUGGAGCUGGAGAGUCGCUGCUUUUGUGGCAAUAUUCAACACGGUGAGCACCGGUCUGUCCGUGUACCGCAGUAAAACCACCAUCGGUAAUUUUGCUUCGGCAGGAGCCUUCACAGGAGCCGUUUUCAGAAUGCACUUGGGCCUGCAGGGACUGGCAGGUGGCUUCGUGUUGGGAACAGUGUUUGGGAUCCCUGCAGGGGCCCUCUUAAUGGUGAUGCAGAAGUUUGCUGGUGAGACCUUGCAGGAGAGGAGAAACCGUGAGCGCAGGGAGCUGUAUGAACAGAAGUUAGCGGAGUGGCAAUCCAGGCUCAAUGUGACUGAAGUCUUAGGUCAAAUAGAAGGCGACACCCAGGGAGGACUGGAGACAGAGGGAGGAAGAGAAUCUAGGAGCUACUGAAUCUUCCCCAGAUGUCUGUUGCAAGCAGCUACAAAGUAUUUUGAUUCUGCUCCUAAAAGUCUUCAGUCAAGGGGUGGUGGAGAUCAUGAGUGAAUGCAGUUAUGUCCUGUGCACUUGUGAAAAAGCAUUUUGCUGAAAGCAUUGUUUGUGGAUCCAUAUCACUGCACAAGAGCUUGGAAGGGCCAAACCUGUUUCAGCUGAGAAGGUGGGACUGCCACCUCUGCAGACUAGGAAGUGUCAUCUAGGUUUGGCAGGGUGAGGGCAGCCGCAGAGCCUUGUCUAGAGCCCAUUUCACUGCUGAAAACGUCCAGACCACCAGUGAUGUAGAAGUGUUCAAGGUAAAGGAGACUGUGAAUAGUUUAGAUGCUAAAAGUACCCUGACUCCAAAAGCUAAUUAUGCUCUGGUGAAAGCUGCUGUUGAGACAGCGCCUGAAGAACUUGCUGUCACAGCGCAGUACAGGCAGCACCAGAGCUGGUGGUUCUCCUCCCCUCGUCGUCCCCCUCCCACCUGGCCUGGCCGGGACCAGGGCUGUUUUGCCAACAGUGGUUUCUUCAGGCUUUUGGCAGAAAACCACACUUGGUUCCUAGAGUACUUGGGAUAUUUUGCAGUCAGUGGUGAAGGGUGGAGGAGCUGGGAAUGAUACGGAAAUACCCUGCAAAAUACAUGUUUUAGGUUCCUCAGUAGAAGUAUGGCUGAGGGGGCCACAGAAAGGAUGAAUUGUUUCUGGUGAGGAUGGGGGAGGAACUGGCACUGUGGACAGUUGUAACAACAAUAAAAAGGCGUCUAAUGUCAUUUGAAGGUUGGGAAUUAGGGGAUUACCUUUGCGGGAAAUGUGGUUCAAGAUGCUCAAUAAAGCCAUCUAGCAGUGG